AUGGCACCCUCGGCCGUCUCAGCUCCCUCUUCCACCACAAUGGCCAUCGCACCCUCCAAACCCACAAACCCGGGCCUCGCCGUCGAAAAGAAAGAAAAGACUCCCCUCGAAGCAAUCAGUCAAGGCGUCUGCCUGCCCGGCAUACCCAAAUACAUCUCCUUCGACGCCCAUCGCCGCGACAUGCUACAACACAUGGCGGGCGCCUUCCGCGUCUUCGCACGCAAAGGCUACACCGAAGGCAUGAGCGGUCACAUCAGCGUCCGCGAUCCGGAAAACAUCCAUACCUUCUGGACAAACCCUCUAGGCAAGCAUUUCGGGCUUCUCAAAGCUAGCGAUAUGAUUUUGGUGGAUUAUGAGGGCAAGGCGAUUGGUGGUAACAUGUCGAGGCCGGCUAAUGCUGCUGGAUUCUUGAUUCAUUCGGCGGUGCACAAGGCCAGGCCUGACGUUAUCGCUGCGUGCCAUACGCAUUCACCAUACGGCAAGGCGUGGAGUACAUUCGCUAAGCCACUGGAGAUGCUGAACCAAGACGUCUGUUACUUCUACGGCGAAGCCCAGGCCGUCUACAAGGAAUUCGGCGGUAUUGUGUUCAAUGAGGAGGAAGGACUCAAACUUGCCAAUGCUCUGGGACCGAAGGGCAAAGGCAUGAUUUUGAGAAACCAUGGAUUGUUGACUGUGGGUACUACGGUUGAUGAGGCUGCGUAUUUGUAUACAUUGAUGGAGAGGAGUUGUGAGGUGCAGUUGCUUGCUGAGGCUGCUUGUGCAAGUGGUAUUCAGAAGAUGAUUGUGCCUGAUGAGUCUGCCGAGUAUACCUUCAGGAUGGGUAGCGAUGCUGAUACUCUUUACGAAGAGUUCCAGCCCGAUUUGGAGUACGAGGAUGCCAUGACCAAUGGAGACUUCAAGAACUGA